UUUAAAGGACACCCUAGCUAGCUAGCUAUUCCAGGUCGAAACAAAGAUGGUCAGUAGCCCAGGAGACCGAUCAGUGGCUGGAGUUCAUCGAGCGACUGAUCUCUCCUGCCCUGCCGCCGACGCCCACUUGUUCUAGCUUGUUAUUCCAAUCAGCCUGCCACGGUGGCGGGAGUGGAAGCGAUCGAAGGCAACAAGCCGCAGUGGUUGGAUACAGCUCAUGGGCCGUGUCGGUAGUGCCGCGCUGUCGCUGCUCGCCCUCGCCGUCGUGUCGCCAUGGCAGGCCGUGGCGGCGGCGGCGGGCAACGGGACGGCGGUCGGCGGCGGGAGCCCGCGGGUGCCGGCCCUCCUGGUGUUCGGCGACUCCUUCGUCGACACGGGCAACAACAACGCCGUCCUCACGCUCGCCAGGUCCGACUUCCGCCCGUACGGCAAGGACCUCAACGGCGGCGUCCCCACCGGCCGCUUCUCCAACGGCCGGAUCCCCACCGACUUGCUAGCGUCCCGUCUCGGCCUCAAGGACCUGGUUCCGGCGUACCUCGGCGCUGACCUCACCGACGACGACCUCCUCACCGGCGUCAGCUUCGCUUCAGCGGGCACCGGCUACGACCCUCUCACCUCCACUCUAGUGGCCGUCCUGCCGAUGCAGGAGGAGCUCAACAUGUUUGCCGAGUACAAGGAGAAGCUGGCAGGGAUUGUCGGAGAAGAGGCCGCCGCGGGCAUCGUUUCCAAGAGCCUGUUCUUGGUCUGCGCCGGCACAGACGACAUCGCCAACAACUACUACCUCGCCCCGGUCAGGCCUCUGCAGUACGACAUCUCGGCGUACGUCAAUUUCCUUGUUCAGCAGGCCUGCGAUUUCAUGAAGGUUUCAUUCAGGCUACUGAAACAAACAACCAAGGGUACAGUGUCUGAUCAUGAUUGGCGUCGCCUGUUGCUGCUGCAGCAACUGUACCAGCAAGGUGCCAGGCGGAUCGCGAUCCUGGGGCUCCCGCCGAUCGGGUGCGUGCCGUCGCAGCGGACCCUCGCCGGCGGCCUCGCCAGGGACUGCGACCCGGCGCGCAACCGCGCGGCGCGGCUGUUCAACUCCCGGCUGCAGGCGGCGGUCGCGCGGCUCCAGGGGGAGCUCCGGUGCCAGAGGAUCGGCUACGUGGACAUCUACGACGUCCUGCGCGACAUGAUCGCGGACCCCUGCAAAUACGGGUUUGACGUCUCGACGAGAGGAUGCUGCGGCACCGGGGACUUGGAGGUGUCGCUCCUGUGCAACCAGCUGACGGCGGCGACGUGCCCCGACGACCGGAAGUACGUGUUCUGGGACAGCUUCCAUCCUACCGAGAGGGCUUACGAGAUCAUUGUGGACUAUCUGUUCCCAAGAUAUGUAGAGAAGCUGCUGUGAUCGUUCGUGCAUUGUUUCAUGGCUGGCAAGCCUGUGUCGAUGGCGUUGCUCGCAGAGACAGCGAAAGCAGGCAGUUGUUCUACUUCUUCAUCUAAAUAAAUAAAUGAACAAAAAAGAGAAAUUCAACGGA